UUGCAAAGUUAGAAAAUAAAAAAUUAGCUAAUUCAAAGUAUUAUGGUAAACAUAAGAAGUCCCUAAGUAAUAGAAGAAAAUUUGACUUUAACGAAACAGUUACAGGCAAGAAGUCAAGUAAAAACAGAAGGCAGAAAAGACCUAAUAGUACUAUUAGAGAAAGCAAGUAUCAUUGUGGUAAUAAAAGAAGUUGGGUUAAACAAAGAUUAUCUAAGAAUAAGGAAGUAUAUAAUAAGGAGAAUUGA